AUGGCCAAAGAGAAGAGAACAAAACCAUGUUGUAAUUGUAAAAGAUCUAAAGUUCGUUGUGUAUAUCAAGGUACUUUACCUUGUCAAAGGUGUCUUAACACAGGUCAAGCUGCAACAUGUCAGUUUGUACCAAAACUACCAUCAUUAAAAUUACCAUCAUUUGAACCAACUAAUCCUCCAGUUGCACCACUACCUUUGAGUCAUUUUCCAACACUUAAUCAUGAUUCAUUUUCAACAUUUCCAGGUGUUUCAACAAUGAUACCUCAAGUAAGUCAAUAUUCACAAACAACACAACCUGGAAUAGCUCUACCGAAUCAAAUUACUACUAUUCCACCUUUGAAAAGUCCUGCUACAGAUUCAAGCCCAUGGAAAAAACUGAUCGAACAAAGACUCGAUUCCUUUGAAAGUAAAGUUGAUUUGAUAGCGGACCUUUUAAAAUCACAACAACAACCAUCUUAUCACCGACCGUCGUCAACAUUUCACAAUCAACGAACAUCACUGCCUGAGCAAACAAAUUUGCAUAAUUUAUUAAACCAAAACUCCUCCACAAUUAACAGUCGAAAUAGUACACCUGAACUACAUUAUUCAUCCUAUGUAGAGAAUAAUAAAAAACGAAAUUAUAUUGAUCAAGAUUCCUCACCAAGAAAAAGAAGUAGAGUCACACAAGAAGAUCAUAAUUUGAAGGACUUCAGACAUGGCUUUUUAUCAAAAGAUGAAGCAUCUGAAUUAUUUAAUUACUUUGACACACAUAUUGCAAAACAAUUAUUUGGAUUUGAAAUAUCCAAAUUUAAUGUGAAUGACAUUUGGGAUACUUGUCCAGUUUUAGUAUGUGCUAUUAGUACGAUUGCAUCAAUUCAUCAUCCAACAUUAAAUACCAAAUCAUUACCAUUACAAGGUUAUUUAAGAGAUUUAUGUGGUAGUUUAUUUUUUACAAAUAAACCAAAAAAUAAAUCAGAUGCUUUUAAUACUAUAGUAGCCCUUAUCUUGUGUAGCUUUUGGCUUUCGGAUUCUCAAAUGUUUACAGGUUUAGCAUUACAAAUUGCUAAAGAAUAUGGUUUAAAUAAUGCAAAUUGUAAAAAUAAAGAUGAUUUGAAAUUAUGGUAUUUACUUUAUAUUUUAGAUGGUCAACAAAGUUUAGCAUUCCACAGGCAACCAUUGGUAAAUUCUCAUGAAUAUUCAUUAAAACAUAGUAGAAAAUUGUUAGUUGAUGUAGAUGAAAAGAAAUUAGGGGACAAGAAUAAUCAACUACCUAAGAUUGAAAGCGGUAGCAACGGUAAUAGUCACAAAAAUUCACAAGAAAAAGAUAUGAGGAGAUCUAUUAUGAAACAAAAAUUGACUGAUUUAAGGUUAGUUUCCCAAGUAGAAUAUAAUCAAGCAUUAAAUGAAGCAUUUCGGGGAGAUGCAUGGGAUCUUUUAUUACCUUCAUCCUUUGGAAUUCCAUCGAAAUCAAAUUUAGAAUUAGAUAAAUGGAUGGUAUCAUGGACAGUAUUAUUAUCACCAGCAAGUCAUGGAGCUAUUUGGUCAGCUAAAAGUACUUUAAUAUAUUAUAAUUUUGCUAAAAUACAUAUCAAUUCCUCAGCAGUAAGACAAUUAUCAAUUAAUCCAAAUCAUGAUACUUCAUUACCGAAAUGGGAUGGAACAGUUAAUGCUGAUUCUUCGAAUUUAACAACACCAACACCUGUGCCAAUUUCUAAAAAAAACCAUGCAACUAAAAUUCAAGACAAUGAAGAGGAUUCAGAUGAUUCAGAAUCUUCACAAGAUGAAGAUGAAGAAGAAUUUAUAUCGAAUAGAGAAUUAUUAUCACCCGAUGAAGCAGCUGUAAAUGCAAAUGUUGCAUUAAAUGCAGCUCAUACUGUUUUAAAUUUAGUUAUAAAUGAUAAAGAUAUAUUAGAUAAUUUAAGAUAUGUUCCAGUACAUGUUCAUAUAAUGUUAUAUUAUGCAGCAUUAAUAUUAAUUAAUCCCCCAUCAAAAUCAAAUAAUAUAUCAAUUGAUUUAACUGAAUCAAAAUAUUAUUUAAAUUUAUUAGAUAAUUUAAGAAUUGUAAAUCUUUUAAAAAAAAAAAUUUAUAGUAAUUUACCAAUUGAUAUGAAAUUUGGUACAAGAUUAAUUAAAAGUUUAGAAGAUUUAGAAAUUGAGAAAUUAAAUGAAAUUAAAAUUUUUGCAAACCAACUAAAAGAAUAUGAUUUAAAAAAUGAAUUUGAUAAAAAAAUUAAUUCAUUUAUUGAAACUAGUGAAAAUAUUCAAGAAUUAAUGGAAUCAAAUGAAAGUGGUGGAGAUAGUAGUAGAGCUUCAACUCCUUUACCAGAAAAAAUUAGUGCAUGGCCAGGUUCAAAUCAUGGACAUCCUUAA